AAUAUUCUAUCGAUCGCUUCACCUUCCCGAUUCAAAUUCCCUAGGGAGAUAAUCUCAAUCUUCAUCGUAUUCAAUUUCUCAAACUCAGAGCAAAAGCAUUUAUACCUUUUGCAAACAAAACAAUUCAGACAACAACAAUAUAAGAAUAAAACAUGACGAAGCCAACGUUUGAGUUCCGUAGCAUGGAGGCGGAGAAAGCAGAAGCGAUGAGGAGAUACAACAACCAAAGAUACUUCCGUUACACUAUACGAACAUGCGCCGUUGCUUUACUGUUUUACUUGUGGUUUCCCACAGUGACUAUGUCACUAAUAGCCGUCGGCGACUGGUUUUACCGAACCGGAGCGGUUAUCGUAACCAAUCGUACCGUCGUCUUCGUCUCCGCAAACUUGCUCGUCGCUUUGGUUUUCCUUCUAUCUCGCGAUCGCGACGAAGAGAGUAGUUCCAAACCGGAUCUAUACGAUCAGUACACCUCCUCCUCCUCCGCCGUGAUCGUAACCGUCCCGGCGGUUGUGGAGGAGGUAGUUAGGGAGGAGGAAACCGUUGCGGCGUUGGUCGAGGAGGUGGCUGCGGAGAAGCAAACCGUUGCGGCGGUUGUUGAGGAGGUGGCUGCGGAGAAGCAAAUCGUUCCGGUGGUUAUCGAGGAGAAGGUGGCUGUGGAGGCAGUUACAACAGAGUCAAAGAGAACGUACAGGAGGACAAAGUCUGAGAGGAAGAAGAAGGUUAACCGGCGGGCGACGGAGUUUAGAAGGACAGAGUCGGCGAACUCGGCGAUAGAGAGGUUGAACAGCGAGGAGUUUCGUUUGAAGGUGGAAGCAUUUAUAAUGGAGAAGAAGAGAUGUCUUGUUCAAGAGCAUAGUUCUUUAUCUGGACUUGAGCUUGUUGGUGCUGACUCUAGCUAUGGAUCGUACUAA